UUUUUUUUAAUUUACUUCUUUUGUAGGUUGUGUUUUUGAGGCAACCCUGGUCACGUUUUUGCUAUUUCAUAAGAGGCAGCACUGGUUCUAUCCCGUUUCUUUGCAACAAUCCCGAGGUUGAUCACGAUGCGAAUAAAGUUGUGAAACAUUUUGCUUGAUCUUCAACUUUAUAACAAAAUUGUCUCAACGGAUUCGUUUACAUUUAAACGAAAUUCUAUAAAACAACGAAAAACUGUUCGUCAGCGGCGUAAAAAACUGUAAAAACGAAAAACAGGUGAAAUGUCACCCACGGCGGCCCAUCUGACUGAAGAAAAAACUCUCACCAUUCUUCACUUUAACGACGUGUACAAUGUGGAGUCGGUGAACACGGAGCCUGUUGGCGGAGCAGCUCGUUUCUGCACGGCAUUUAAAUCAUUCUCUCAUUUGCAUCCCUUGGUGUUGUUCAGCGGUGAUGUAUUCGCUCCGUCAUUCAUGAGUACAUUCACCAAAGGAGAGCAGAUGGUUCCAGUCCUAAAUGCCCUAAAUAUUCAAUGCGCGGUCUACGGAAACCACGAAUUCGAUUUUGGUAUUGACGUAUUGAAGCAAAGAGUUGAAGCCACUACGUUUCCCUGGUUAAUGUCCAACGUGAUAGACAACGAGACACGGAGGCCGCUGGCAGAUGGAAAGUCCAGUCUAGUUAUUGAUUGGCACGGAACCCGCAUUGGACUGGUGGGAUUAGUGGAGAAAGAAUGGCUGGACACCCUUUCAGCGGUUGAUCCGGAACAUGUAACCUACACCGAUUACGUAAAAUGUGGCCGUUUAUUGGCGCGCAACCUGAAGGAUAUCCAAGGUUGCAGAACUGUGAUUGCCUUAACUCACAUGCGAACACCUAAUGAUCUCAGAUUGGCUAAAGAAGUAGAAGAGAUCGAUUUAAUCCUUGGUGGUCAUGAUCAUGUUUCAGCAUUUAUAGAGGUGGAAAAUAGGUGCAUCAUCAAGAGUGGAACGGAUUUUCGUCAAUUUUCUGAAAUUACGAUGCGCUUUUCUGGCGAGAAUGAAAAACCAUCAAUCAGUGUUAGGUUAAUGGACGUUACCUCUCAAUAUGACGAAGAUGUGGACCUUAAAAAGGUUUUAGAUGGUUUUGCAGGCGUGAUUGGAGAAAAAAUGGAGGAAGUCUUGGGUGAAUUCACGGUUCCUCUAGAUGGCCGUUUUUCCUCUGUUCGCACUUCUGAAACCAAUUUAGGAAAUUUUAUCUGUGAUAUUAUGGUGGCUGCAACUGAUUCGGACUUGGCUCUUAUCAACUCUGGGACUCUGCGCUCUGACAAGAUACAUCCUCCUGGACCGUUUAAAUUUCGUGAUUUGAACCAGAUUCUUCCCAUGCUGAAUCCUCUAAUCGUCGUCGAAAUUUCCGGCGAGGAUUUACUCGCAACUUUGGAGAACGGUGUUUGCAUGUACCCAAAGUGGGAGGGUCGUUUCUUACAGGUCGGCGGAAUGAGUUUCGCCUUCGAUCCAACAAAACCACCGCUCCAGCGUGUAGACCCGCGAUUCGUUCGCAUCGGCGAUCAGUAUUUGGAGCUCAAAACUAAAUAUCGUUUAGUUUCAAAGGCGUACAUUAUUGCUGGCAAAGACGGAUUCGAUAUUUUGAAAAAGCAAAAAAUCCUGGUUGAUGAAGAAGACAGUUUGCCACUAAACUGUGCAGUGCAAAAUCAUUUCCAGGCUAUUCAGAAGCUUUUAAGAAGACAUAGUUUGGCCCGUUCAAUCGAGAGCGAAUUGCAUCCAGACGGAAUUCCAGCGAAUUGCAUCCCAACCGCUAUUCCAGAAACUGAAUCAAUCCGUCUCCGACGAUGCAGUACAAUCGAAGCUCCAAACGAAGCACUACUUUUUGAAGAUAGCUCAGCUGUAGUUGACGUUGAAGUACCGAUACACAACAGGCCAAGAGCACCAAAACUACAGAGACAAUCCAGUAUGGAAGAAGUGGAGAAAGCUUCUUGCAAAUUGGAACCACGCAUCGAGGGAAGGAUUGUUGUUCUAAAUGAGGAAACACUGGUGCAUCUGUUGAGCGAACGUGAAGCGUGGGAGAAAAGUGUGGCGCGUACCAUCAGGGAAUCCAGUGAAAAUUGAUUCUUUCGUGCUACGGCCUUGUUAUAAGGAUCAAAAUAAUGUUAGAGGCACUA